GUCGACCAGGCAUAUGCUUCGCCGACCUUUUUAAUCCGAGCAAUUGCAUAGUACUUUCUUCGACAUAUCAGCCCGGAGCAUCGUAUCAAAAGAAUUUCAUGGCGCUGGAAGCCUACAUACCCAUGCAGUUCAAAGAUACCUAACCCUCAGUGUGAUUUCCUCCAUCCUUACCACUUCGCCACGGGAUAAGUACUAGUAAGGGUGCGGAACUUUCGGGGCGAUCAGAGAGAGCUUCUUCUGUCAUUACCAGGCCCUCCCGCGUGCUACUUUUAGAGGCGAAGCCGAUCGGUAAUCUUCCACUCCUCCGACUCAACCGCGCGAAGAAGCCUUCCUUCCAAAUCUUACGUUGGCCCCCCCUCCCAAGCAGCAGCAACACCAUGCCGACGCGAAAACACCAGAAGAAGUCAUCUCGCUCCCACCGGUCGACCCUCUCCCUCCAAAAGACCGAGAUCCUCAUCAACAUCUACGACCUCCUACCGCCGGGCCGGAUCAGCACGAUUCUCUGGCACAUUGGCACCUCGCUGCUCCACUCGGGCGUCGUGAUCAACGGCAAGGAGUACGCCUACGGCGGGCACGACCGGCGCGGCCUGACGGGCGUGUACUGGACGAAGCCGCGGACGUGCCCGCCGGGCGGCACGUUCCGGUGCGAGUACCUGCACGGCUUCACGCUGGCGCCGCAGAACGAGAUCGACGCCAUCAUCCGCGAGGCGUCCGAGCAGUUCCUGGGGACGAGCUACAACCUGCUCACGCGCAACUGCAACCACUUCACCUCCUUCCUGUGCGAGCGCCUGACGGGCGAGCCGGCGCCGAGGUUCCUGAACCGCGCCGCGAGCAUCGGCGUGGCGCUGCCGUGCGUGGUGCCGAAGGAGUGGAUCGAGGUGCCGGAUUUCGAGACGGCCGACGGCGCGCUGCUGAACGAGGAGGAGGAGGACGACGACGAGGGCGAAUAUGAGAGCGAGCGGGCGAGGAUGCUGAGGUCGUCCGCCGAUCAGCCUCGCCUGGUCGGGCACGACGGACGGGAUGCCGACUCGGAAUGGGACAGCGAGGAAGAGCGCCGGCGCGGUGGGAGCGGCAAGGGGAAGGGCAAGGCGCCGGUGCGAGACUCGGCAGGUCGUGUGCUCCCUCCUGCGGAGAGGGCUCCGACUGGAUGAGGUUUUGUUUGGCUUGGUGGGUUUGGCGUUUGUUUCUCGGGCAUUGGAUUGGAGUUUUGGGGAAAGGGGGGUUUGUUUGGGUUGGGUUUUCUGGUCUUGAAUGAUACCUGAUACCAUGGCAGGCUGGGUGACUAUUCCUGCCGCCGUUCUUUUCUUCCGGGUCGUACCACGGCGUAUGGUUCUCGCUGAUGAUCAGGUCUUAAAGGGAAAUGAACCUCUCGUGAUUUCAGGGUGGCCGAGGCUCUCGGAUUUCAAUCCAAGCCCUUGUGUCCCCUCGCUCCGGAAGCAGUAUGUCUGGAGAUGCGAACA